AUGUCAGCCUCAUACUUGAAAGGACUUUGUACAAGGUACAAGAAUCUACUGCUGAAGGAAAUGAUCAGAAGUAAGACAUUUCUUUCUUCAGAAGCUGAAGAAGAGGAUUUGACAACCAGGAUAAGGCAGAUUCAAUCUUCCUCGAGACGGUUAAAGGACUUUAGUGCUAAAUUAGAAGAAUCGAUGAAAGAACUUUCCAUUGCCUUGGAAGCAAAACAAGACAAUGAGUCUGAAAUUGAAAAAUUUACGGAAGACAGUGAGGAGUUGUUUGAAUUGCUCACAGAUGUUACAGAGCGCUCAGAAGAACUUCUGCUACUGGAAAAAAGAUUGGAACAAGCGGACAUUCCGUAUUUGAAGACUGAAGCACCAAAUGACCCACGAAUCGACCACAUGAUAGAUCUGCAGACUAAAAUGCAGGAACAACUGAUGCAUUUCCAAGAACUCCAAAUUCAGGAACUGCAGAGAAAAGAGAAGAUAUGCAAAGAGAAAGAAACUCCAGUAGUUAAACUACCAAAGUUUGAGCUCCCUUCAUUCAACGGAGACAAGUUAAAGUGGAAAGAGUUCUGGGACUCCUUUGAAGCUUCAGUACACAAAAACACAAGGCUUUCCAAUGUUGAGAAGUUCAACUACUUGAAAAGUAAAAUGGAAGGAAAGGCACAAUCUGCUAUUUCCGGCCUCAUGCUCUCCCAUGAAAAUUAUGAUGUAGCUCUCUCCAUAUUGAAGGAACGAUUCGGAGAUGUGCAGUCUGUAAUUAACAAACAUUAUGUGGACCUUAUAAACAUUAAGCCUGCACUCAAUAAUACUUCCAGUCUCCGUAGACUAUUUGAUGAUUUAGAAAAGCAUAUGCGCAGCCUAGAAGCAUUGGAACAGGAUGUAAACCAGGAUGUCUUUGUUUCCAUGAUUAUAACGAAGUUACCAAAAGAAGCCAGAUUACAGUUAGAAUUACAGAAAGGAAAGAAAGAGAAAUGGACUGUGCAAAGGCUAAGAAUAUUCCUUGAUAACUACAUAGCAGCCAGAGAGUCUACAGAUACAGAAAACGUAGCCGGUCAUGAAGAACAAUCUGCUAGAAACACUUCUCCACCUGAAAUGUCUUAUGUAAAUGAAAGGACACAUACAUCUGCAGAAGCCCUAACAACAUUAUUUCAAGGAUCGCAGACAAGGAACAAAUAUGGAAGAAAACAUCCUAUUUGUAUCUUUUGUGAACAAAAUCACUGGAGUGAUGAAUGCACAGAAUUCAGGACAAUUGAUGAGAGAAAACAGAAAAUCAGAGGAAGAUGUUACAUUUGUCUUAGGCCAGGUCAUCUUAGCAAAGACUGCAAAGUAGACAAACCAUGCGUUCACUGCCAUCAGACAAAGAAACAUCACCGAAGCCUCUGCAAUAAGACGAUCCCGCUUUCGAGAGAAUCCUCACAUUUUCCUCAAACAUCAGAAAUAUAUGAUACAGAAAUAAUUAACAAUGUUCCAGAAAACAGUCUAUUCUCCUCAAGUAGUAUGGUGCUAAUGCAGACUGCAAGAACUGAUGCAUCUGAUUUGAAAGGUAGGAGAAUUGAAUCUGUUAGAAUUCUGAUGGACUCUGGGUCUCAGAGGACAUAUGUUACCGAAGAAUUGGUUACGAGAUUAAAUUUGCAGAGGAAAGAAACAGAAGAAAUAUCACUUAACACAUUUGGAGUAAGGAAGCCCAAGACAAUGAAAACACCGAAAGUCUCUUUAAGAAUUAAACUAAAGGAUGGACACUUCAUGAGAAUUUAUGCGAAUGUUGUGCCUCAAAUAACUGGAUCCAUACAAAGAAGACCGUUACCACUUAACAUCUCUGAAAAAGUACAACACCAAUAUAAACAUUUUCAAUCUGCUGAUACCCUGCCAAAAACUCCAGAAAAUUCAAAUAUCGAUAUCCUUAUUGGAAAUGACCAUUACCUCGAUUUGAUAUUAUCAGAAAAAAUUGAAGUUAACCAAGGAUUAUACUUACUUUCAUCAAAG